UAUCAUUGUUCCACAAAAUGUCUCUCUGGAUACUUGUCUAUUUCAUAAUACAUCGAUGCGAAGGGCUUGGUACAUCGCCAAUAAAGUUUGAAAACGAUGUCGGUGUUAUCAGUUUGCUACAACCAACGUUUGCAGGAAGAAACGUUACGUUCACUUUCACUCCAUUGACACCAACUGCAUUAGGCGAUAUCAAAUGGAAUUAUAUAAAUGGUUUAGAUGAACACACAAUUGAGCGGGAUAACAAACAAUUCAUUGUCUAUAGUGAUGGAAAAUCAUCUUUUCUCACCAUACUUGACGCAGAUCAGAGUUUAAACGGAAUAUAUGUUUACACGUCAUUUGAUAAUUAUAAACAGUCGUCCCUGAUCGAACUUAUUUUAAAAGAUUACACAGUUGAAAACGGCUGUGGAGAACUGUACCUUCUGUCGGAAGAACCCGCUUUUGCUGGAGACAAUGUGAGCUUUGGAUAUUUCCCGACUCCAGUAGUAGCGCAAGAGAAAAACGCAAGCAAGUAUUCUGUGGAGCUCGUCAUUGGCAGUAAUGAGGAUCAUACGUUCAUUCUACAAACAUACGGUGUUUUAGAGCUUCGAAAGGAGGGCCAUGAAUAUAUCUUUACUUUGUUCAACGUAAAGAAGAAUACAAGUGGACGCUAUCGGGUUCAGUGUGCAGAUGGACUUGCCCAAAAAUACUCAAAUUCAAUUAAACUAUCUGUUGAAGGUAUGCCCGUCAUAGGUCCUUUGACCAACAUUUCUACAUGCAGAGAAUGCAUCGUUUUCAAGGCAGAACAGACACUUGCUCAAGUGUAUUGCAUUACGGACGGAGAAUACUAUGGUGCUAAUGUGACGUUUAAAAUUGGAUAUAUUGUGUUCUCCUCUGCCAGUCGGUCGACGACAAGUUUUGGGUUACAUUCAAGAGAAAAGCCGUCCGAUGCUAUGCAUGGUCUGAAUGCAGUUUGUACAGUUUCUGGGAUAUACCGGAACAUGUCAGUGGAAGCUCAAAUUUAUGUAGUCGGAAUUCCUGAGGGCCCACCACACCUUUCGGCGAGGCAAGUGCUACUGGAAGGAGAAGCUGUUGAUAUAACUUGCACAUCAUCGAGAGCAAGACCUCCACCACGACUGAAAUUGUAUGUUGAGCAAUCUGUAAUUGAUACCAAUAUAUCGUCUGCAUUUGAGAACAAAACAGGGUUAUACAAUUCGGUAUUGAAAUUGCAUACCUUUCAAAAGGAGUGGGGAAAAAAGAAAAUGUGGUGUCAACAGCUUCCUGAUGCCGAUAACUUAUAUACAAACACAGACAUGUCGAACAUAAUACAUGUGGAAUACAAAUAUCCCCCAUUACGACUGGAUCUUGACGUUAUUGACCAAGGCAACCUAUCAAAAGAAAUAGCUGUCCGAUGCAUUGCGACCGACUCAAAUCCGUUGUGUAAUAUAUCAUGGGAAUCAAGUAUGGAAAAUUUCAAAUAUACUUUACAUCAAUACGUCACGUGGAAGCACAAAUCAUCUUCAGCAAUACGUUUCAACGUUACUGAUGCCGAUUUUGGGAAACAAAUAAAGUGUAGGACUAAAUGUCCAGACUUUAAUAACACUCUUUCAAACGCAACAGUUGUCAUAUUUCCAAAAAAGCCGAAAGUGGUUAUCUAUUCAUCGUCCGUUUUACCCGUUCAACCAAGCACCCACUUAACGUUAACUUGUGCUGCAAAUGGCUUUCCAAAUGGAAAUAUCACUUGGACUUUGAUGAAAACGUCCAAUUCACUAUCAUCAAAUGAAAAGUGGUGCUUAAAUGCAUCAACAUGCACUUAUGAAAUGAUCACAUCUGACGUUGAACAAGAGUAUUUGUGCAUUGCAAAGAACGAACAUGGAACUGACAGAGGGUCCAUACUUGUCACUGUUCAGCAGCAUAGAGAUAAGGGAGAACCGAGACAAAGAGGAAGAGGAAGUUUUUUAUGGAUACUACUAUCUGGAAUAGCCGUCGUCACUCUAGGAAUUAUUGUCCUGGUGUUGUGCGUCUUUCGUAAGCGCUGGUGUCGAGGCAAUACAUUGUAUGAGGAUGUAAAUAUACGUCGUAAAGACCACCAUAGAUACCAAGGCAUUGCAGUUCCUUCUUCAAACAGGCCUCAUGAGUCAGACGCAACGUUGUCUCCAGUAUUAUAUGAUGAGAUUGACGAAAACAACUCGUCUAAAGCACAGGCUGGAACUAAUCGGACAGCAAGUGCGACUGAAAAUAGACAAUACCUGAGCGAAAAUAGUAACCCGUACGCUAAUGUAAGCCAAAGAAUCCCAACAGGGACACAGAUGACUGAAAUGGCACGUUACUUCUCAGACAAUCCAGAAAGUGUUAUACGGGAAACAAACGCAUAAGGGGUGACGGUUACCUAGAUGUGAAUUAUAGAACAAGAACAUGGACUGUAUGAGAACGUUUUUUUAAAAAAAACAAUAUCCAAGGAUUACAACACUGUGAAUGUUUGAUACGAUUUCUAGUAGAAACAAUGUUAUUUGCAAAUACAAACAGUUAUGUGCGAUAAUUAAAAAAGUUGAAUUGCAAUAUAAAUCUGCCUUGCCAACGAACAAUAAGGUAUGCGAUAUAUCGACGUGUCGGUAAUUUGUUUUAUUUGUUUGUGUCAGAAGCAAUGGCUCAAUUUUAGUGACUAAACAAUUCUGUACCUUUGUGGCGAUGGUUGUUGUUCUUUUAGAAAGCUAGAGUGUUUGCGAAACCAACUCGUUGACAAAAACUUUUGCGUGUCAAUGUUUAUAUUAACUAUCCCGAUGUGACAUUGCACUGUUUCUGUUCUUUAUCAUAUUGUGAAUGUAUAUUCAAGAAAUAAAAUAUUAU